AUGCUAACGUUUUGUCCCACUUGUACAAACAUGUUGACGCUGUCGACCAGCGGAAACGGCAUGCGGUUCGAGUGCCGGACAUGUCCCUACGAGUACUACUUGCAGGACGGCACCAUCGUGUAUGACCGAAAGGUCCUGGAAAAGAAGAAGGUGGACAGUGUUCUCGGUGGAGAGAACGCCUGGGAGAACGUCGACAAGGACCCUGGCUCGCAGUGUCCCAAGUGUUCCAACAUGGGUGCUUACUUCUACAUGUUGCAGAUUCGGUCUGCGGAUGAGCCCAUGACCAAGUUUUGCAGAUGUACGGCCUGUUUCCACCAGUGGAGAGAAAACUAG